UUCAAGUUCAAAGUAAGUUUAUAAUCAAAGUAUAUAUAUGUCACCAUUUACAACCCUGAGAUUCAUUUUCUUGCUGCCCUACUCAGUUAAUACAAUAACCGAGAAAUUACCUAAAUCAGAUUCAUUGUCAUUACUAGGUAUAACUUCGUUCCUUUUGCUGGGCUUGAAGCAAAUUAUUUCAAGCCAUGUAGAGUCUAAGGUGCUGGCCCACCAGCCUUUCAUCAAACUCCUUAAAUAUGCAUUGGCUGGCUGGGUCCUUAAUCCCCUUCGGACAAUUGUAAACAGGCUCAUCUGGUCCCUGCCUUUGGCUCUAGCAUUCAGAUUCCUUCAGCAGAGAAACAUGCCCUUUGGUCCCACCAAAACAGCACAAACCAUCAAGAAGUUACUUACAAUAAUCUGCUAUAUCUUACAACUGUAACAUCAUUCAUGACCUGAUAUUGUUAAAUCACAAUUCAGGCCAUUGUGCAGCUACAGCUAAGUGCUGGACACCAUAACCACACUGUCCAAUCUGAAUGUGUGCCCACUGUUCCUGCAGUAAACGCUCAAUUUGUUGACAUAUUUAGUUCACAUUCAGAAGCCGACCAACUAUAAUAUUUUGGGGUUAUAGAGUGACACAGCAGGCCAUUCAUCCCAUCAAGUCAAUGCAGACUAGAAGGCACAAAUUCACAUUAAUCACAAAGCUCCUCAUGCCAAUGUGAUUGAAAUGGUCAUGUAAAAACUACUCAAAAUGAUGUUGGUGACAUUACUGCUACUUCCUAAAGCUCUGUAUCUGACACUUUCUGAGUAAAAAGGAACCCCACAGAUCCACUACAAAUCUCUUACACCUUAUGCGAAAUCUCAGUCCUCCAGUGCGAUCCACCUCCAACUCGGGGAAAUGCUCCAUUCCAGGGAACAUCAUGGACAAUCUCGAAGGAGGCACAGGAGCCUCAGGACUCACACCACCAGGUUCAGGAACAGUCAUUACCCCUCAACAUCAGACCCAGACCACCAACGUCAGGAACAGUCAUAACAGUCAUUACCCCUCAACCAAUAGACCCACAUCACCCGGUUCAGGAACAGUCAUUACCCCUCAACCACUAGACCCACAUCACGCGGUUCAGGAACAGUCAUUACCCCUCAACAUCAGACCAAAACCACCAGGUUCAGGAACAGUUAUUACCCCUCAACAUCAGACCAAAACCACCAGGUUCAGGAACAGUUAUUACCCCUCAACAUCAGACCAAAACCACCAGGUUCAGGAACAGUUAUUACCCCUCAACAUCAGACCAAAACCACCAGGUUCAGGAACAGUUAUUACCCCUCAACAUCAGACCCACACCACCAGGUUCAGGAACAGUCAUUACCCGUCACCAUCAGAAACACAUCACCCGGUUCAGGAACAGUCAUUACCCCUAAUCAUCAGACCCACAUCACCACGUUCAGGAACAGUCAUUACCCCUCAACCAUCAGAUCCAUACCACCAGUUUCAGGAACAGUCAUUACCCCUCAACGAUCAGACCAACACCACCAGGUUCAGGAACAGUCAUUACCCCUCAACAUCAGACCCACAUCACCCGGUUCAGGAACAGUCAUUACCCCUAAUCAUCAGACCCACAUCACCACGUUCAGGAACAGUCAUUACCCCUCAACCAUCAGAUCCAUACCACCAGUUUCAGGAACAGUCAUUACCCCUCAACAUCAGACCCACAUCACCCGGUUCAGGAACAGUCAUUACCCGUCACCAUCAGACCCACAUUACCCGGUUCAGGAACAGUCAUUACCCCUCAACAUCAGACCCACAUCACCAGGUUCAGGAACAGUCAUCACCCCUCAACAUCAGACCCACACCACCAGGUUCAGGAACAGUCAUCACCCCUCAACAUCAGACCCACACCACCAGGUUCAGGAACAGUCAUUGCCCCUCAACGAUCAGACCAACACCACCAGGUUCAGGAACAGUCAUUACCCCUCAACAUCAGACCCACAUCACCCGGUUCAGGAACAGUCAUUACCCCUCAACAUAAGAGCCACAUCACCCGGUUCAGGAACAGUCAUCACCCCUCAACAUAAGAGCCACAUCACCCGGUUCAGGAACAGUCAUCACCCCUCAACAUCAGACCCACACCACCAGGUUCAGGAACAGUCAUUACCCCUCAACAUCAGACACAAACCACCAGGUUCAGGAACAGUCAUUACCCCUCAACAUCAGACACAAACCACCAGGUUCAGGAACAGUCAUUACCCCUUGACAUCAGACCCACAUCACCCGGUUCAGGAACAGUAAUUACCCCUCAACCAUCAGACCCACAUCACCCGGUUCAGGAACAGUCAUUACCCCUCACCGUCAGACCCACAUCACCCGGUUCAGGAACAGUCAUUACCCCUC